CAUGAAGCUUUGGAAGAUUGUGCCUUUAGUGUUGACGGUUGAGUUUUGCACAAUUCUUUCCAGAACGAUGAACGAACAGAAGUCGCAUGACAGUGCAUCGCCUUGUCUAAAACCUGAUAUGGACCUAUCAGGUUGUUGACGAACGGCUUCAGACAUUCACAUAAUACGGCACACAGGGUCUUAUAUGCAAUGUUAAUGAGACUGCUACAUCUGUAGAUGGCGCAAUUCAGAGGGUCUCCUUUUCUACGUAUCGCGUAGACUAUGCUGGGGUUCCACUCAUGGGGCAUGCUUUCUUCCGACCAUAUUUUGCAGAUCAGUUGGUGCAUGCUCCCUACCAAGUCAUCGCCUGCUGCUUUAAAUAGUUCGGCAGCGAGAUGUCGUCAGCUUCAGCAACUUUGUUUGAAUUCAGUUCGAACAGAGCUAUCUUCACUUCGUCGAGGUCGGUAGGCGGGAUUGUUGAUCUGAGCCGCCUAGGUUAAGUGGUCCUAUCUCCCUUACAACGGAAUUCAGAUCGUCUUCGCCGUUAUAUUUGAUUAUAAAAGACACCAGGAAAUGGCGGGGUGCUCCAAAAUGAACCCAGCUUAACUCCAAUAACAGCGUGGAUCAAUUUCAAAAUAUCAUUCAAAGUUAUUCAUCUGCGGCUAGAGGUACCAUUCUUCCCUAUAUCUCCGAAACGGUUAAGUGUAUAAGGAAUUCGUAAUUUUGUUAAAGGUGUUAACACGACUCAACCUUAAGAAACGUAGAUAGUGGAAAAUAUUGUGAUACAUGAAUCUUAAGGCCUUUUUCUGAUAAUUCAAUAAAACCAAUCGAAGACAUUUAUGAAAUGUGAAAAACUAAUUAUGUUAGAGUGUUUGAAGAAGAAUCCUCUUAGGCAGGUUUUUGGGGGAAGUGAAGAACUGUCUCUUACUCUUCUUCAAACGUCAUAUGAAAAUACGCCUAGCCACUUGGCGUAUUCACCUAUUAGGCAGUGUUAGGCUUUGACACCAACUACUGAGCUAAUAUAUGCAAUCUGUUUAAAGAUGUUUUAAGCAUCUUGAGCGCUUUGAAUCUAGGGUAGACCUGAUAUUUUCGUGGCCUGGCAGUUGUUGAAGGUUUUCCAUCAAAUGUUUGUUUUAUUUAUAGCUACGAUGUAUUUCAGCAUUAGCCAAGCGUGAUAGAAUGGGUAGUACUGUACCAAACAAGUGAAAUAUCAAAAGUUACUCCUCAGAAAUUCCUGUUGAAAGUUAGUGUGGGAUCUUGAUCUUAAAAAAUGAUUUGAAAAGGCAUUCUUUUUUUUAUUUAAUAAGAAGGCUGUAAGCGCUGUGCAGUUUAACAAAGAGUUUACUUAUCAAAGGUACGCAAGUUCAAAUAAUUGACUUAGCACAACGUGCAAAGUGAAAUUCUAUAUUAACAAUUUAUCUCUAAUGGUAGGAAACAAGAACAUUAUGAACAUGAAGUUAAAGAUUUUAUCGAACAUUAAUAACAAUACUGAUUGCACGCACUCUGAACAAAGUCGGUUUUGAUGUGAGGGUUCAGGGACAUGGGGUUACAAAAAAAAUACAACUUUUGUUUUGUUAUUAUUUAUUCAAAACACCUGCUCAUUGGGAAACAUUAAUUAUUUAUCCAAAUAUCGUGGAAGGCCAAGCUCAAGGCUCGUACCUAAUAAUAAUAUAAAAAUUAUUUACCAACAACAACGGAAUUAGAACAAAAUAAAAAAUGAAUCGAUAUAUUACGUUAAGCCAAUUGGGUGAUGGAACAUAUGGAACAGUUGUCCUUGGUCAACGAAAGGAUACUGGUGAGAAAGUAGCAAUCAAACGUAUGAAACGAAAAUACUACUCCUGGGAAGAGGCUAUGAACCUACGUGAGGUCAAGUCAUUAAAGAAACUAUCACACCCUAAUAUUGUUAAAUUAAAAGAAGUAAUUCGUGAGAAUGACACAUUGUAUUUUGUAUUUGAAUACAUGAAGGAGAAUUUAUACCAAAUGAUUAAGGACAGGGAUACGCAUUUGCCGGAAAACGCCAUAAAAAGUAUACUAUUUCAGGUUUUAACGGGAUUAGCUUUCAUGCAUCGCCAUGGAUUCUUUCAUCGUGACCUCAAACCUGAAAACCUGCUUUGUUCCGGUCCAGAUUUGAUAAAAAUUGCAGACUUUGGAUUAGCCCGCGAAAUCAGAUCACGACCACCAUUUACUGAUUAUGUUUCCACAAGAUGGUAUAGAGCUCCAGAAGUUCUCCUCCAUUCAACACAUUAUGGCAGUUCCAUAGAUCUAUGGGCUAUGGGUUGUAUUAUGUCUGAACUUUAUACAUUUCGACCUCUUUUUCCUGGAAGCAGUGAAGUGGAUCAGCUAUUUAAAAUCUGUUCCGUUUUAGGAACUCCUAACAAGAACGAUUGGCCGGAUGGACAUCGUUUGGCAGCGACAAUACAUUUUCGUUUCCCCGAUUGUGUGAAAGUUCCUCUAAACAAUAUUAUCAGUCGGGCGAGUUCGUCGGGUCUUCAACUUCUUGAAGAUUUUCUAUUCUACGAUCCCGAAAGACGCCCAACAGCCCAGCAAAGCAUCAAAUAUCCCUACUUCCAUGCGGUCAAACGUGUAUCUCCAGGCAACUUGAAUAGCAUGAAAAACUUCAAAUAUGUCACCGCAUCCAAUGCUCUUCCAAUAAUGACCGAAAAAAUCCACUUAUCAACGGAACAUUUGAACAAUAAUAAAAAUAUCAGUGUCGCCAAUAGUAAUUCCAAUCUUAGAAAUAUUGUCGAGAAUGGCCAAGCAGUGCUGGUUCCGAAAAUAAGUUAUCUUGUCAAUUCAGAGUCCAUCAAAGGAGGAAAUGACAAUGACUCGAUAAAAAGUGGAUCGAUUCGUUAUAGUGCGAUAAUAGCUCCAUCUAGUGAUAUUUUCCAAGGAGGCCUCUCGAAACGUGAGGAAAAUAUAGGCCCCAUUGAGUCAAUAAACGAUAUCUAUUUGAAUCGCAAUAUAUCACAGUUAUUCGGUUUGACAAAUCAUCAUCCGAAUGUAUCAUUUCAUUCAGCGAAACCAACUGUCACAAAUGGAAAUGUCAAUUCAGCCAAAAGUUUCUCCAUCUAUGACACUGUCAGUAUGAAUGCGAGAAAUGCCAAUAUGCAGAAGUUAAAUGGAUUCUACGUCCAACGACAACAAGCGCCCGAAGAGAGUAAAGUUUAUAAUUUAUUUUCGAAAGUAUCUGCCAAGCAACAAAUGCCAUCCCUGCUCAUUCGAAAUACUUAUGACAGGGAUGACUUUUUGCAAAAUUCUGAAAAUCUUUCGGCGAAAAGUAGAGUUAGUUUGGCAAAUGGAAGAAUUAUUGAGCCUGCGAGUAACCGGAGUUUGUUAAGUGGUUGGGAGAGUACGACAGCUGGGGAUGAUUUGGAUACAAUUUUAGGUUCAAAGAUCAAAUCCUCGACGAAAAAACGAAAAAAUUCAAAUACAAAAGCAAGCCAACUAUUGGAAGACCUUUUCGGUCAUCUGUCAAUGGAUUCUGACAUAAGUGACAGCAAAUAUACAAACAAUCUGCAAUACAAAAGCAAUAAUUCACUUCAUCAAAUGUCAACGGGGCGUAACUCAAGUCUCCAAAAUGGUCGUUCCAAUGAUCAUUCACUGUCGACAGGCAUAAAGGAUAGUCUAGAAGCAAACAAUGGAAGUCGAACUGAUUCCCUGUCAACAAAUGGAGUACCGACAAAUUCCGAUUUCAAAAAAUCAUCAUCAACGAAAGCAGAACCAGCAACAGUGGGAACAACAGGAGCAUUUCCCUGGGAUGAAACAAAUAAAACCGAAGAUGAAAAACUUACAGCAUGGAUGGUAUCGGAAAAUGGAUCAUUUUUGGAAAAACAAAAUAAUGCCAAAGGAUACAACUUAAUGCACAAUCAUCAUCAUCAUCACCAACAACAACAGCAACAACAACGAUCAACAGCAACAACAGGCUGGACUUCUAAGUACCUGAUGAAUAAGUAAAUUAACGAAAAAAAAAACAAAAGCAAGGAAAAUACAAUAUUUAAUAUCUCAAAAAAUAGCCAAAUCAAAUAAGGCCUUCAAGUUUCAAUUUCAAGAAAACAUU